AAUGCUUCUCCAAGUCAUUUUCUAUGUUUUCAUGCUUUUUGCAUUUAGAGCCUUUUCAUUGUUGCCCCAAGUCAUUUAUGACUUGCUGGGACUAAUAAUUUAGUUAUCGGAAAGUUCGUUUGAUUUUAGAGAUAUUUCCCUCUUUUACAGCUUUUAAAGUUGGAAAUAUGGCCUUGGGCCAAAACUUUAGGUAAACAAUCUUAGAUUCCAAUUUUGACGCUUCCGUUAGCUCGGAAAUAUCGAUUUUACACUAGACAGAUCCUUGGUCCAUGUCCAAAAGCUUUCAAACUCAUUUUGGGUUAUUUAAAUCGGACCUUUGGGUUUGGGACCCACUUUUUUCAAAAUGACUUCAGCUUGGAGUUUUGAUGGUUCUGCUAAGUAUGAAAUAUCAAAUUUCAUAGGGUAGCAUAUCUCAUCUGCGUUCACAGGAUUUUGAGUGAAUCUCGAGGGUGCAUUUAGUGAAUUUGCGACUUAGCAAAGUUACUAAUGCAUUAGCAUCUUGUGCAAGCCCAAGUCCUUCAUCGCUAUUUUAGGAUCUGUGGAUCUUGGUCAUUGCGAUUGCGAUGCUGGACUCACGACUGCGAUGAAGGAGGGCUGUAGGAUUGGACCAUCUUGUUCAUCGUGACCGUAUGGCUUGCUACCACAAUCAUGAUGGUCCGCGAUCCUGACAGUGGACCUCCUGAUAGUUAUGAGGAAACCCCUGGCACUAUAUAAAUAUUUUCCUAUAUUUUUGGCUUAAAGUUUAAGUUCAAAAACACAAUUAGAGGUAUUGAAAGCUUGGAAAAUAGUGUGGGAAUUAUCAAAGCUAGAACUGAGCUGGGGACGUCAUUAUGAUUAUUCCCUUAUUAUUUUUGAUAAAUUCUCUGAUUUAUUCUUGUGUUUCUCAUUUAUUUUGGGACUAUUCCAGGUUUGGAUUACGCUCAUUUUUAGGGGCAAAUGAUCCUUGAGUUAAGAAGGACGCUAUGAUGGUUUUAAUUUUAUAAUUCCACAAGCGGAUUCCACGGGAGAAUUUUUUUUUGAUUUCUGACUCGGAGCAUAUUUUUACAAUAUGGGUAUUAGUGUUCUUUUUUUGAUAUGUAGAACAUUAUUUUGAUACCGUGGCAACGAUCGAAAGGUUGCUCGCAUGGGAAAUGCCCAGUGUAGAGGUUCUCAUAUGCUUUUCGUGACGUUCAGGUAGGCUAGGCUAGGCUUACCUUCUCCUAGACUUUGAUUUAUUAAAGUAUUAGUGUCAUACUGUGCUAGCCGUGGGUGGGUUCCUCUGGCUCUGAUUCCCAUUUAGUGUAUUUCUAUUUAUUUUAGUUGGUUAGCGGACUUCUUGGGUAGAUUUCGACCUAAUUUUCCCUUAUAUUGGUCUAUGAUUUUUCUUUAGGACUAGAAUAUAUCAUUUAGUGCCUUGAGAUAGGAUUAAGAAGCCUUAGCUUAGGUUCGGGUAGGUGCUUGCCUUAGGAUGGAUUUUUGGGACUUGUAAUGGGCCCUAUCGUCUCUUUUUAUGAUAUGAUACCCAGAAUAGCUCCCUUUUGACCUAAAUAGUCGAUUAACCACCUCUUUAGAUUAUAUUACUUGGACUUUGGGUUUACUUAGUCAUUAUAAUAAGCUUAGUUAGCUUCGUUACCUGGUUAGACUUCUAUUUAACCUUUAAUCGUGUUUCCUAAUAUAAUAAUUAUUUGACCAUUAACCGUGUUUCCUAACGUAAUAAUUGGAACCCCUCUUUUUAAAAGAAUUUGGUUGCCUAAAAUUAAAACUUAGGAUUAAAUGAACUUGGGAUAGACUAUAACUCUGGGAUAUUACUACAUUUAGCUUACUUGGUAGUUCUGAUUUGAGUCCGGCACCUUGGACAUUUUAAUGAUUACCAGGUUUGAUUCGAGUUUGAUAUUUUUCAUAUGGUUAUUAUUAAUUAUUUUCAGUUCGAGUCGACAUUUAUUAUAAUGACAUUAUUUAUCAAUUUUGAUUUGAGUCUGGCAUGUAUUAUCUUUACUAUUACUGAUCUGGAGUUAGGCAUUAAAGAGGAAUCAGGAAGGUUUGUGGUCAUGUAGGGAAUAAGAUUAUAAGGUACGCAUCUCACACACUGGGCUUGCUUUACCAUAUUUAUCAUUAUAUUCUAUUCUUACUAUAGUAUUACUCUUUCUUUGUACUUACCGUACUUAUAGAGACUCGAUCGAGUUUUAUUUCUUCUUGUGUGUGCCUUCUAGGCUUAUGGACCCCAGCUAGGUUGUAGUUAAAAUUUUACUUCCAUAUUGGAAUGAUUUGUCUUUAGUUAAUCACUUAGCCUAUAUUUUCAUUCUCACCCCGUUAAUUCUUAUUUUAGGUUAAUUUCCUUUACUUUACCUAUACUUUUGCUAUAAUUUAGCUAGGUCGCGCUAUGAUGCUUACUGCGCCCAUGGUUUUGGUACUCAUAAUACCUUUUACAUCCGAGUAUGAGCCACCACUAUUUACGAUAUUCUCAAGUUGUGCUGUUGUUCGGAGAUUGGAUGAGCUUUUGGAGCCUGGAGCUUAUCCUUCUCUUUCUGCUUUUUGGAUGGUCUUACUUCGUAUAUUCUAAGAUUACGAUGUAGAUUUUGAUACUGUCUAGUAGGGCUGGACAUAUUUUGGUUUAAACCCAAAAAACUAAAAAAUCAAAUCGAAAUAAAUUUUGGUUUGAUUUUUAGUUUUUUGGAUCGGUUUCGGUUUUCAAAUUUUGAAAUUCGAUUAUACGGUUCGGUUUUUAUUUUUUCAAAAAAAUAAUUUGGAUAAAUUGAUUAACUGAAAUUCUAUAAAUAAUAAAUAAUAUAUAUAUAUAUAUUUUAUUAUAUAUAAUAUAUUUAAUAUAUGAUAAACAAUAUGAUAUAAAUAUAUAAUAACAAGUUAGCAACCCUAAAUCCCUAAUAACUAAUAAGUACAUGCUGCAUACAACACUACUAAUAACAUCAUACAUCACUCAUCAAUCUAGUUGACCACUGUGUACAACGAUCGAACCAUAGACCGCCCGCCGGCGACUAGUCGACCAGACAUGAGACAACCAUUAUGGGUUGCAGCCUGCAGUGCCGAUGCCGACUCCGACUGUGGUCUUUUCGGAAGCAACCAAUCUAAUCUGUUUGUUGACGACAACCGGCGAGUCAACAACCAUUCUAAUCAGUCAUCUAGGUCAAUUUUCAGUGUUGUCAAUUAUACCACUUUUUUGACUAUUUGUUCUGGCGAUCAGUCAGCAGCUAACAACCUUCAAAAUAUAUCUAAUUUGAUUGGAAGUAGGGUAAGUGAAGGUGGAGCGUCAAAUGAAAAUAUUUCAAUUUCAUAUCCAAAUAAAGUUGAAACUACUCCAAAUAAAGUUCAAACUGCGGUUGAAGCUGAACCUUCAAAAAAAGGAAGGCCAUGGAACCUAGGGAAAGAUGUUGGCAGUGGUUUGACAAGAUCGUUGAUGAAAAAACAGGAGCUAAUAAAGCAAAAUAAAUGGCUUAUAGUGAAAUUAAGUCUAGCAUUGUUGAUGUGUCGUUGUUAAUAAGCAAAUGUGAAUUGCGGUCAGGCUGUGGCCGGUGGCUGUUUUGGUGGACUGUGGUUGCUGUUUUAUGGACUGAUGGUGGUGGCUUUUUUUGAAGUUUUAUGGACUGUUGUGCACUUGUGUUGUUUUAUGGACUAUUUUAGUGACUACUUAAAUGUUUUAUGGAAUGUUUUGGUGACUUUAGACUGUUUAUGAAGAAACAAUGUGUGGCAGUUCUUUCAUGGACUGUUUUUAUGACUUUAUUGUUGUUUUGUGGACCAUUUAUGCAAACAUAUGCAUAAUAAAGUUAUAUAUUAUGUUAAA